UCUGUGAUAAGAACAACUGAGCCACCACCAAAGGCUGCCAUGGCUGGUAGAUUCUCCAGAAGAGAAAUUGAAGCACUACAGGCCAUUGUUGAGAGAGGAAACCUCACGGCAGCAGCUGCUGAACUUCAGGAGAAGCUGAAAUCAUUAGAAGACACCCCACUGGACAUCACCAUCAUGGGAGAGUCAGGUGCAGGGAAAUCAUCCUUCAUCAAUGCCAUCCUGGGCCUGCAUGAUGACGAUGAAGGAGCUGCUAAGACUGGGGUGACACAAACAACGAUGGAGCCAAUGGCUUAUCCACACCCCAGACUCCCAAAUGUAAAAAUAUGGGACCUUCCAGGAAUUGGGACAAAGAACUUUCAGGCAGACAAAUACCCUAAUCAGGUUAACUUCAAAAAAUACGACUUCUUCAUCAUCAUCAGUGCUACGCGCUUCACUUCCCACCACAUCACCCUGGCCCGCGAGAUUCACAAGAUGGGGAAGAGGUUUUACUACGUGCGCUCCAAAGUGGAUAAUGACUUGAAUGCUGAAAAAAGGAAAAAGAAUUUCAAUGAGGCGAGAACCCUGCAGGAGAUCAGGGAGAACUGCAUAAAGAACCUGAGAGAAGCAGGUGAGGCCUCCCCACAGGUUUUCCUGCUCUGCAGCUGGGAAUUGGCCAACUAUGAUUUCCAGCUCCUGCAGGAGACCCUGGAGAAUGAACUGGAUGAUCAGAAGAGACACGUUUUCAUCCUGGCCAUGCCCAACAUCUCAGCAAAGAUCCUGGAGAAGAAAAAGGCUGAACUGCAGGAGCAUAUUUGGGCAGUGGCCCUAUCGUCAUGUGCUAUUGGUGCUGUUCCUGUUCCAGGCCUCUCUCUCGCCUGUGAUGUAGCCAUCUUGGUUUUUCACAUGAAGCGUUACUGCAUGGCCUUUGGCUUGGAUGAUGAGUCUCUCACUAGACUGGCUCAGCAGGUUGACAAGCCUGUUGCAGAGCUGAAAUCUGUUAUCAAAAAGUCUCCACUGGCCUCAGCCAUAACAAAAGAGUUUGUACUGACUGUACUUUCCAGAUCUCUAUGUGGAGCACUGAUGGUGGUGGAACUUAUUCUGAAUUUUGUACCAGUCCUUGGCUCCCUAGCAGGGGGAGUAAUUUCUUUUGUGACCAUGCGCUACCUGCUGCAGAGCUUUCUGGAUGACGCUGCAGAAGAUGCUCAGAAUAUUCUGACCAAGGCUUUUGAACCCAAAGCUAAAAAAUCCAUAUAA